AUGUACAUCAUAUGGGAGGCCAAAAACAAUGAGAGAUUCAACAAUGUUAAGCUCAAUGUUAGUAAAUCCAGACAAAGAGUUCAAAAUCAAAUAUACAUCACUGCUCACAAUUCAACAGUUAACUCUCGUGUUUCUAUUGCAGAUUUCAAGAUUCUAAAUGCUUUCAACAUAGCUAUUAAACCUCCUAAAGUGCGCAAAAUCUUGGAAGUCAUCUGGUAUCCUCCCACCAUAGGUUGGAUCAAGUGUAAUUGUGAUGGUUCAUACAAUCAUAAUGGUCUCCCUGCUACUUGUAGAAGUUUGUUUAGAGACUGUAGAGACAAUUUCCUCUUGGCUUUUGCUGAUUCCGUUCCUUGGAUGUCGUCUUAUUUAGCUAAACUCGUUGUAGUUAUUCGAGCCAUGGAAAUUUCUAUUGAGAAAAGUUGGGGUAGGCUUUGGAUUGAAACAGAAUGA